AUGGCUUCAAGACCUGUUGCUCGUGCUUCCCGCCAGAUUGCGCGCCAAUUGGCCGCCCCCGUGCAGAAACGCACCUUCGUUUCUGCGCUCAACGCUGCUCGCGCUGGCGUGGCAGCUGCCCCCAAGGCUGCUGUCAGCACCUCGUUCCAGCAGGCGCGUGGUAUCAAGACGAUUGACUUCGCCGGUACUAAGGAGACCGUCUACGAGCGUGCCGACUGGCCGAAGGAGAAGCUUCUUGAAUACUUCAAGAAUGAUACCCUUGCCCUCAUCGGCUACGGCUCGCAGGGUCACGGCCAGGGUCUUAACCUCCGUGACAACGGCCUCAACGUCAUCGUUGGUGUACGGAAGAACGGUGCCUCGUGGAAGGAGGCCGAGCAGGAUGGCUGGGUCCCCGGCAAGAACCUCUUCGACAUUGAUGAGGCCAUUGGCAAGGGUACCAUCGUCAUGAACCUGCUCUCCGAUGCUGCCCAGUCUGAGACUUGGCCCGCCAUCAAGCCCCUCCUCUCCAAGGAGAAGACCCUCUACUUCUCCCACGGCUUCUCGCCCGUCUUCAAGGACCUCACCAAGGUCGAUGUCCCCACCGACAUGGAUGUCAUCCUCGUCGCCCCCAAGGGCUCCGGCCGCACCGUCCGCACCCUCUUCCGUGAGGGCCGCGGCAUCAACUCCUCCAUCGCCGUUUUCCAGGAUGUCACCGGGAAGGCCCAGGAGAAGGCCAUCGCCCUUGGUGUCGCCGUCGGCUCCGGCUACCUCUACGAGACCACCUUCGAGAAGGAGGUCUACUCCGACCUCUACGGCGAGCGUGGCUGCCUGAUGGGCGGUAUCCACGGAAUGUUCCUCGCUCAGUACGAGGUCCUCCGUGAGCGCGGCCACUCUCCCUCUGAGGCCUUCAACGAGACCGUCGAGGAGGCUACACAAAGCCUCUACCCUUUGAUUGGAUCUAAUGGUAUGGAUUAUAUGUAUGCUGCGUGCUCAACUACCGCCCGCCGCGGUGCCAUCGACUGGAGCAAGCGCUUCAAGGAUGCCCUGAAGCCCGUCUUCAACGACCUCUACACCUCCGUUGCUGACGGCUCUGAGACCAAGAGGUCGCUCGAGUACAACUCGCAGCCCGACUACCGCGAGAAGUACAACAAGGAGCUCCAGGAGAUUGACGACCUUGAGAUCUGGCGCGCCGGUAAGGCCGUCCGCUCGCUCCGCCCCGAGAACGCCAAGUAA